GGGGCCGAAACAAAGCGGGCACCGGGAGGCCGGAGCGGAGCCGCGGGACAGAGCCGGGUCGGGCCGGGACGGGCCGGGACCGCGGCCAUGAACUUCGCGGUGGGGCUGAAGCCGCUUUUGGCGGAGGCGCGAAGCAUGGAGAGCCUGGAGAAGCAGCUCAUCUGCCCCAUCUGCCUGGAGAUGUUCUCCAAGCCCGUGGUCAUCCUGCCCUGCCAGCACAACCUCUGCCGCAAGUGCGCCAACGACGUCUUCCAGGCCUCCAACCCGCUGUGGCAGUCACGGGGCUCCAGCGCCGUGCCGUCGGGAGGGCGGUUCCGGUGCCCGUCGUGCCGGCACGAGGUGGUGCUGGACCGGCACGGGGUGUACGGAUUGCAGCGGAACCUGCUCGUGGAGAACAUCAUCGACAUCUACAAGCAGGAGUCGGCCCGACCCCUUCAUGCCAAGGCCGAGCAGCACCUCAUGUGUGAGGAGCACGAGGACGAGCGGAUCAACAUCUACUGCCUGCGCUGCGAGGCGCCCACCUGCUCCCUCUGCAAGGUGUUUGGGGCGCACAAGGACUGCGAGGUGGCCCCGCUGCCGGCCGUCUACCAGCGCCAGAAGAGCGAGCUCAGCGAUGGCAUUGCCAUGCUGGUGGCGGGGAAUGAUCGGAUCCAGGCCAUCAUCACCCAGAUGGAGGAGAUCUGCCACACCAUCGAGGAGAACAGCCGGCGGCAGAAGCAGCACGUGGGGCUGCGGUUUGACGCGCUCUACGGGAUCCUGGAGGAGCGCAAGAAGGAGCUGCUGCAGAGCAUUGCGGCCGAGCAGGAGACCAAGCUGCAGCGUGUCCGUGGGCUCAUCCGCCAGUACGGAGACCACCUGGAGGCCUCCUCCAAACUGGUGGAGUCAGCCAUCCAGGCCAUGGAGGAACCCCAGAUGGCCGUGUACCUGCAGCACUCCAAGGAACUCCUGAAAAAGAUCACAGACAUGUCCAAGGCAUCGAUGAGCAGCCGCCCCGAGCCUGGCUAUGAGAACAUGGACCACUUCUCCAUCAACGUGGAUUACGUGGCCGAGAUGCUGAGGACCAUCGAGUUCCAGACAGAGCCGCUGGGUGAGGAUGAGGGCGAUGGACCUGGGGACAGCAGUGAGGCUGCAACGGAUGAGGACAGGCUGGACAGCCUGGAGGUGCCCGAAGCGGCUGAGGACGUGGGGCCGAGGCAGAAGCCAGCGAGUUCUCCCCACGGUCAGCACUGAAGUGAAGCCGUGGGGUAAUGCUGGCACGCCCUCAGCUGUGGCUGUCCCUGUCACCCCCGGAUAAGGCUGUCCCCAUCUCCCUGUCACCCUGCCCCGGCUAUGGCCGUCCCUGCCUCUCAGGCGAGCUCCAUCCCUGCUGCUGGAAUUCCCCAAAACGGGCGCUGCCCCUCUACGACAUUAAAAGUGUGUGAGGA